AUGCCAACGAACCAAGAGCUGGCGAAAGAAGUUCAGCUACUGAGGGAUGAGCUAAAAAAUCGAAAUGCUGAGCUUAAAAAAGAGUUUGAUGUUGCAAACACAGAAGAAUUCCGUUCUUUGAGGAACGAACUGCAUGAGGCUCAGAAUAGUCUGGCCUUCAUGAACAAAGAUAUCGAAGAGCUGAAGGCAAAGUGUGAUAGUUUGAGUGCAGACAACACAAAACUGAAACAGAGCAAUGAUUUAUUAGAAACAAACAACACAGACCUAACACGGCAGGUCGCUCAACUCGAGCAGUACUCACGUCUCAACAACGUUGAGAUCCGUGGCGUGCCCAACAACCCGACCGAAGAUCUCGGAGAGCUUCUAACGCACAUUGGUAACCACAUCAACUGUCCCAUCACUAAAGCUGACAUCGACAUCGUGCACCGGGUUCCCACCCCAAGUCAACCAAACGCUCACAACAUAAUCGCGAGAUUCAUCUCGAGGGAUCAUAAGAAUGAUUUCCAAAAGAAGGCACGCCGCGCUCGCAUCACAAGCAAAGAUUUGAACCUACAAGAGGAACCGCGUCAAAUCUUUUUUAAUGAUCACCUUUCUCCUCUAAACAAAAAACUCUUCUCUGCGGCACUGCGCCUAAAGAAAGACAAGGAAUGGAUGCACCUGUGGACUGACCAAUGUGUUAUUAAAGCCAGAAAAACCAAUGGGAGCUCAGUUCACAAGAUCGUGUCUCAGGAUGAUUUGAGCGUCUUUGUCUAG